UCAUAGUCCAGCUUUCGGUUCGCAGAUAUUUUAUUGUUUUGCGAAAAAUACGCGAAUUACGGUCGAAUUCGAUUGUGUCGUUUCUGUGAAUAUUUUAGUGAUUACAGAUGAUUUCGCAGUGAUUUUCUAUACUAUUAUUGAACAGCAAAAAACGUCUUACAAAAUGACAUCACCUACUCGUGAGGCAGAAAUUAAUGUAGUUUCCAGCCCUGAAUCCACCAGUAGGAAUAAUUCCCCCGAACCUGACACCUAUCGUCUCAUUAAUCAUAGUUCCGGUUUGUCGUACCCAGUGAUAAAAACUAGUGAAGACGAUGAAAGGACUGAUAAAGAUAAUAAAAAGGGUGUGGGGGGAUCGACGAAUUUUUCUAUAUCAAGUAUAUUAUCGAGAGCCGAUCCGACGAUAAAGAAAAAUGGUGGACUUCUGUCAGGAGUACAAGGAGGAAACGUUUUAGAAGGAAGUGGAAUUGGGAGUGGUCCUGAUGGUGGAGUACUUUCAAGGUUAGGUUUAAUGUCUAAUUUUGGAGCUCUAGCAGCAGCAAGUAGUAGAUAUGCCGCACUAUGUGUUAACCCUACGGAUCCUAGAACGUUACCUUGGUACUGGGGAAGAAUACCAACUCAAGUUCCUAAAGAACAACAAAGUCCUACCGGAGGUUCAACUACCGAAGAUCAAAGUCCGCCAGCUUCUCCACAUGCUCGACCACUUACAAAUCCAGAAAGUCGUUCUUCUCGCCCAUCUUCUCCAUCAGAUAAUCCGAGAUCGCCACCUUCCAGUCCGAACAACUCAAAUGUCCUAUCUUCCUCCCAUCCAGCUUUCCUAGACCAAAACUACAUAAACAUCAGAUCGAAAAGUCCGUAUCGAGAAAACGAGAAUCUUGUUAUCGAAGAAGACGUCGAAGAUGAAGAAAGUGAUUACGAUAAUGAUAAAGAUAAAAAGAAUAACUGUGCUAGUAUGAGUCCCGGCAAUUCCAUGUCUAACAAAAGGAAAAAGAAAACGAGAACGGUGUUUUCCAGAUCACAGGUGUUUCAGUUGGAAAGUACCUUCGAUAUGAAAAGGUAUUUGUCUUCAUCGGAGAGAGCGGGGCUGGCUGCUAGUUUACAUUUGACAGAAACCCAGGUAAAAAUAUGGUUCCAAAAUCGUCGAAACAAAUGGAAAAGGCAACUAGCUGCCGAAUUAGAAGCUGCAAACAUGGCACACGCGGCGCAGCGUUUAGUCCGAGUUCCAAUUCUCUAUCACGAAUCAGCUAACUCUUCAAUACGACACCCUUUCGAUCAAAAUCAUCCACUAAGUCUUCAUCAUCAAUUAGAAAAUAGAGAUAGUGCGAACAAUGGAAGUGGUUCCGUAGUAUCUUCACCCGCAUAUCCAAGUAGUUUGUAUUAUCACCAUCAAGCUGCGGUAGCUGCAGCUGUACAUAGUUUACCUUCUAGUCCUGUGAGUAGGCCGCCUAUGUCUGGAUUAGUCUGAAUUAGAGAAACUGGACAUUAAUGUGUAAUCUGGAAAUAGUGGUGAGUCUAUGUGACAAAAAGUUAAGAACUGGUUUGUGUUUCACUAAUAUUGAAAAAGAGCAAGCGCAAAUCCAAUCAUGCUUAGAACGUAAAAUGAUUUUUUUUUUAUAUAUGCGCUUAAGUUUGAGGUAUGUGGUAGAUAAUAACUUUUUUUCUUCUUGUCCACGGUAACAUCAGUACAGCAACGGAUAACCAGUGAUUUGUAAACUUUUUUUCAUUUAAUUUGAUCUUCUUUAAUACUCAAUUUGUUUCAGUUCAACUUGAGCUACAUUUUUAUAAUACCUGAAAAAUAAAGCCUCCUUUCUAUCCGUCUCCAUAAAUCGUUAUCCAAAAUAAGCAUCAUGCAUAGCCACUAUGUAUUUUAUUUUCCUAUACCAUAUAUUUCUGAUUUCUCUUUUCAAUUAUUCUUUCCAUACGCUUUUAAAUUGGAGUUGGUCUCACCUAGGCUAUUGUAACAUCUGACGAUUCUAUUAGCGCUGAUAAUACGACUUCUAAUUAUAUCUGUACCUAAGCUGUUCCUUGUGCUAGUUGUGCCAAAGCAUUUAAAACUAUUCACUUGGUUGAUGGUACCUCAUCAUCCACGAAGUUAUCUUCUAUAUUUGCUAUUAUGUAUUUAUAUAUUUAAUUACAUAUAAGGAAGUUUCUUUUUUCAUUUCUUUCAAAGAUUUGUACUACAAUGAGACAUUGUUAUAAUGGUACAAUGCAAAGUACAUUUGUAGUACUUGCCAGAUCGUCCUUAUUGGUUUUUGUAACACAUAGUUUUGAAUUAUAAAAUGUUUUUUGAAAUUGGUUGGAUAAAUGUUACAAAGGACGAUUUAUUAGUGUGAUAAAGUUCACCUUUAUUCUUUGUAGCAAUUCAACCAAUUCCGAUACUCACAUAAAAUACAGAGUGAUUCAAUUAAAAAGAAAUCGGGAAAAUAAUGUAUUAGUAUUUGGAUUCACACUGUAUUAGAUUUGAUGAAUAUUGAAGAAAUGAAUAAGUUUCCAAAGUUUCCACUACUAUUCGAAUGCUUUGACCGGAGCAGAUUUUGAUUCUUGAAUUUCUCUUAUAUUUUACAGGGUAUUGCACUUGUUACGAUUUUUAUGGAAUACUGGUUUUCACUUUAAAUACCGUACAACCCAUCACAACUCUACAUUAUUGUUAUUGUUAAGUCAAACUAAUUGCAAAUACACCAUUUAAGAUUGAAAAUAAUUUUAAAAUAUGUAGACUAAUGAUGGUCACAAUCAUUCAAAUUUUCAAAUUGAUAUCUCAAAGGACAAAGGAGGCACUGAAUUUUAUCUCACUAAUCAAUCACCCUGUAAAGUCAAUUUGAACUAAAUAGAAAAUAUUGUAAAGAGAAAGCAUAACAAUUGGAAAAUCUCAAGAGAAAACUGUGAACGUUACAAAAUGAAAUUAUGCGUGUCGAAGUUUUCAUAUCUCGACAUGCAACCGAAAUACUAUGAAAGGGAUACAUUAGGAUUUUGAAAUAUUUUGUUCUUGGAGACAACAUCGCUCAUGAAAGACUAGAACGCUAAAUGUCUCUCAGCUACAUUUCUAUACAGUUCUUUUUAUCCUGGCAUAUAACUUUCCAGUAUAAUAACAAAUUUAUACAAUGAAUUAUGGGUCAGUAGUUUUAUAUGACAUUUUUUUUGUCUAGCCCAUUUAUGGUGAACAGUAAACGCAUGGGAGGAUUAAGCAAAGUAAAAGGAAACUUGAGGCUUUAGUAAUUUUUACAUAAUUUAACUAUAUUAACAAAUGUUGUUAUUCCAUCCACGACUGCAAUGUUCAAUGAAGGAAACUUCGAAAUACGAGGUGUUUCAAAUACAACAUAGGAAGAUAAUAUUUACUUGAGUUUUUUUUUAACCCAAUUUGCGAGAACUCUCCUAUAUUACCAUUUCCAGAAUACCAAUUGUUAUUAAUCAACAAAGUGAUAUGUACAUUGUAAUUAAUUGUAAAUUUUGAAACAUGGGUUUAUGUGCAAAUAGAUCUUUCAUAACUUUGCGCUUGAUGUUUAAUUUUUUGCAAAAAAUUACAGAAUAUUUUAUUUUGCUUAAUAUAGAAGAACAAUUUUAUUUCCAUGCACUUUUAUGAAAUGUUGAAGAUAUAUUUUUGUAGCCUUCGAAACAUACACCAAAAUUAUACUUUUGGCUUAAUUUUAGAUUUUGAUAAUCUCUUAUGUUCGAUCCAGAUUCUCACGAGGCGCCUCCUAGAGGCUCUAUAUACGAGUCUUGGCAAGCGAAGGUAGCAGGAGUGCUAGCCAUCCACACUCUCGAUUUAUUCUGUAUUCAUUUCUAGCUUAUCAGAUUUCACUUUAUUUUCAUUCUCAUACCCUCUCAUUCGCACCAGAAAAAAAACGCAGAGGGUCUGGAUCGGAAUUCAAAUUUUAGAAAUAUACACGUUUUUGUUUGAAGUAAUUCUGUUCAACAUUACAUGAUAUAAAUAAAAUAACAAAAAUUCUUAUUGUCCAUACAUCGAUCAAAAGUACGCAUACUUUGCAACUAUUACGAGGCAGAAAGCUACAGAUUCUGUUUCGAAAUACGUGUAAACUAUGCGUACUUGCUUUUGACCGUCUAUAAAGAAAAAUAGUAUACAUUGCACCAGCAGAAGUUUGAGAGCAAUGCAGAAAUCUCAAAUUAUCUUCCCUAGUUGUGUAAUAUACUCGUACUAUUGAUUCAUAAAGAUUGAGCUCUGCUUCGAGCAGAAAAACAACGCAUUCAUCAAUAAUGUAAAUACUCUUCUUAAGCAUUUCAAAUUCUUACUAGUGAAAUAUUCAACAUCUAAAGAAUAUAGAAAAGUUCUACUAAAUCUCCUAAAUUUUGGUUUUUGUUACUUUAUAAACAUGAACCGACAAGGUUUCUUAAAAGAUCUCUCUACUAUCACCAGUUUGACGAACGUAAGGCAAUUUAAUGCAUUAAUACCAGCUUAUAUUAAAUGUUUUUAAGUCCAUGAGGAGUUACUCGGGGAAAUAAGUUCGGGGCUUCCUCAUUAUUUAAAGUCUUCGUUAAAGAUACGUACCAGUAGUAAAUCUAAGGUGAUGACAUUAUCAAAUUUACUAUACUGUUCUUGAGCCGUAUUAUUACUAUUAAAGAUAGAGAGAGCAAGGAAUAGAAGCUUAUUAAAUGGGGUCGAACUCCUGAUGAAGAGAGCAAGAAUAUCGGCAUAUAACUCUUCAUCUCCCUCUAUUCUCAUUAGAUUGUCACCACGUCGCAGUUAGGAUUAGAGAGAAAUAGAGAGUGGUAAACCGAUGUUUUUUCUCUCUUUCUAUAUAUCGCUCUCUCUAUCUGUAAUAUUAACUCUAUGUCUUGACCGUCCGAUGAUAUUUGUUGAUAUGGGUCUCAUUUUUAAGUCUAAACUAUCUAUAAUACUUCAUAUUAUAGCGAUAUAAAGCUUACUAACAGAAUAAAUGACUUCUUGGUUCGAAAUUCACUUUACUUCACUGAUCUUAAUACUUUAAACACAUUGCAAUAUCUUGUCAAAUCUAAAAUUGAGUUCAAAGAGACAAUUUUAUUAGGUAAUAUUCAGGAACUUGAAUCAGUUUCAAAAUAAUCAUUUUGUUGAUAGCUCAAGUUCUCAUAUGACUUCUCCUUAGAUGUAUGUUUAAUAUUUUGAGAGUGGCUAAGUUCUAAAAUUUUUUUAAAUAUUAAAAUUGAUAUUUGUGAUUUUCGGAUACCUGCGAUUCGUCUUUUAAUGAAUGAAUAACUAUAAAAUUGUGAUUCAUUAUCAUAACAUUUAUUUUCGCUAAACUUAUGUUCUGUAAUUUUCUUGCUACUUGUGCAAACUGUAUUUAUAUGAAUAAUUUAUUGUAAAUAGUUUUUGUAAAUGUAUUUAUUCCUUUAGGUAUUUGUAUAUAUUAAAAUUUGUAUGCAUCUGGUUACCUAAUAUGCCAAAAAUUAUUAAGUUAUUAAUACAUGUGUAAUUGUGUAGUAAAAUUGUUGUUAUCAUAAAUGGAAUAUCUACUUAAUA